ACAUCGGUGGUUUGUGGCUCAGCACGCACUCCGCUUCCUCAAUCAGCAGCCCAUAUAUAUAUGGUUAAGAAGGGAGAACGAUACGCUCACACUUUAUCCUUUUUUAUGUUUAGUAUGUAUGUGGGUUAGGAUCCACCUGUAUCUGAGGGAAAAAGAGAGAAUGGAUGCUAGGCUUCACGAAGCAGCUCUAAUGGGGCGUGUUGAUUACUUGAAUACAUUGGUUGAAGAAAAUGCGUACAUUCUCGAUGGAGCAGCUGAUUUUGCCGAGACCCCUUUGCAUAUAGCAGCUCUAUUUGGGCACAUAGAGUUUGCAAAGGCAGUCCUAAGUAGAAAGCCAGAACUUGCCCGUGUACUAGACUCUGAACGAUCCUCGCCUUUGCACUUGGCAUCAGCGAAAGGGCAUGUAGAGAUGGUAAAAGAGCUCUUGCAGAUCGACACUGAUAUGUGCCUUGUUCGUGAUAAAGAUGGAAGGACUCCUCUCCAUGCAGCAGUACUCAAAGGCCGGGUGGAGGUGGUGAAGGAGCUAGUUGGUGCAAAGUGGAUAGCAACUCGGGUGUUGACGGAUCGCAGGGAGCCAAUUUUACACCUAUGUGUGAAUCAUGACCAAUUCGAGAUUGUGAGGACGCUGUUAGAGUAUGCAAAGAAUGGUGAAGAUGAUGAGUUUUUGAAAAUGAUGGAUGAUAAUGACAACAGCAUUCUCCAUCUUGCGGUUGCUAAAAAGCAUAUCCCGCUCACGAAGUUUUUGCUCCAAAAGACCAAGAUGAGGGCGGAGGUGAAUGCCUUGAACGCACACGGUUUCACAGCCUUCGAUGUUUUACUGCAAAACCGUAGAAAAUCGAAGGAUAUGAAACUUGAAGGGAUCCUCCGAGGUGCUGGAGCUAAAAGAGCCGAUGCCAUACAUCACACCAAACAAAACUGGACAAUUCGACAAUUGUCUCCCCGGAAGAAUAAGUGGCAGAAGCACCUUGAUUGGUUAAACGAGACAAGGAGCGGAAUAAUGGUGGUGGCAGUAUUGAUCUCUACCGUCACAUUCCAAGCAGGAACCAAUCCUCCUGGAGGGUUUUGGCAGGAUGACAAGACGGAUGGGUCUUAUAACGAAAACCACACUGCAGGGAACUCGAUCAUGGCUCAACGCUAUCCAGGGGUGUACUUGUCAUUCACAGUUUUCAAUGCCAUAGCAUUCGUUGCAUCUUUGAUCAUAAUCUUAUUGCUGAUAAGUGGAUUCCCCAUCAAGCGUCGGAUUUUUAUGUGGGCCUUGAUGAUCAUCACAUGGUUGAGCAUGACUUCAAUGAUCGUUACUUAUAGUCUAGCCCAUAUUGCAAUCGCCACUAGAGGAGUCUUGCCUCUUGGCUACGUUAGUACCAUUUCAUUCCUGGUGUGGCUCGGAUUGAAUGGUAUACUCUUUAUAGCACAUUUCUUUCGAUUCAUUAUAUGGUCGGCCAGGAAAGUUACAACCCUCAUAUAUGCAUGUAUAUAUAGAAACUAGUCACCUUCAAUGGAUGCGACCAACCUUAAUGUUGGAAACGUUGAUGAUGCGUCCUACAUUGAAUAGGACUAAUAUAUGUAGGUAUGCAUAUGUGUAUUUGUAUUCAUGCAUGUUGCUUUCCUUUGCUAUACCUCACGGUUUUAGUACCACAUGUAACGUGGAGUUUGUUAUCAAGUCCUCUUUUCAAAUAAAGCAAUGCGAUCCAAAGCCUACAAGUAAGGAAAGCAUUCCGGUUAUCCUAUAUGUC